AUGAAAGUUGAAAUGGUUAAGCAUUUUCGAAACUUCUUGAGAAUCGUAAAUAAUGAUGAAAAAAAAAUGGUAGAGAAAAAUGUUCUUGGUGAAUUAAAAAAUUGGGGAAGAGAAAAAGCUCGAGGAGAUAUCGAAAUAUUAAAGGAGUACAUAAAAUAUAGAAGCGUACUAAAUGAUUAUUCAAAUAUUUUACAAGAAAAUAAAAAAGAAAAUGGAAAUGAGCAAAUUGAGAAGGUUGCCAACUAUGUUGGGUUAACUACAAACUAUUCAAAGAAGUGA